AUGGCGGAAGAAAAUGACCAGUCCCCUGGUUCCGAGCUAGGGGAUCCUCCAUCCACGACGCCUCAGUCUCUCGCUAAAGCUGUUCAUGCCCGACGAUCGGAAUUCGUGCGACCGCAUAGUUUAAAGGUCAAGAUUGGAACGUGGAACGUUGCUGCGUGUACGGGAACGGAUAAAGAUCUUGCGACAUGGUUCACGUGCGGCGAAGGCUUGGAUCAGCAAUUGACAGGCCUCAAUCUUUCCAAAAAUAGUGCUGUGGAAAAAGAUGCAAAGGACAAUGGUAGUUCCGAGCCUCUGCACUUGACCUCUGGAGGUGAUAUCGGUCUUUAUGUGCUGGGACUGCAGGAAAUUGUAGACCUUAACACGACCAAGGAUUACAUGAACCGUGCAGUUUACACAGACACAAGUGCUAUUGAUAGAUGGAGGGCAGCACUGGAAGCAGCAUUACCCAAGGGUUACGAGCUCAUCACGGCUGAGCAGAUGACUGGCUUACUGCUCCUGGUGUAUGCUUCCCCAGAAAUUGCGCCUACCAUCAGCAACGUCAGUACGAAGCAGGUUGGCACAGGCCUUUUGGGAUAUUUUGGAAACAAGGGAGCCGUCACAACGAGACUAUUGCUUGGCGAAACAACGCGCAUGGUCUUUGUGAAUAGCCAUUUGGCUAGUGGUGCUGGCACUUCAUAUUUGGACCGCCGAUGCUGGGAUGUUGGCCAAAUUCUCUCACGAACUCAAUUCGACCCAAUUGUUCACUCGGGCGUCGAAGAAGACGAGGGUGAGAAGAUUGGGGACGAGGAUCUUGCAUUCUGGUUUGGAGAUUUGAACUUUCGGCUGGAUGGACUGCCUGGUGAAGAUAUAAGACGGAUACUCACGCUGCAUGCUCGAGGUGAGUAUGGCGCAAGCGAAGACGAAUCAAAAUCACUUGGCGAACAAGGUGUUAUUGUCAUGAAGAGUUCCGACAGCGAUGACGAGUCAUCUUCGAGGCCGUCGCUGCAUUCAAGGGACGAGAGCUUUGAUACUGCCAGCGAUCUACCUGACCCUGACGACUUUCCUGAAGACCCUAGUCAAGAUCCUACUUCAUUGCAGGCUACAAUCGAUUCUUUGAUACCCCAUGAUCAGCUGCGGAGGAUCAUCAAGCAGCGGAAAUUAUUCCACGAUGGUUGGAAAGAAGGACCAAUUACAUUUCUUCCGACAUACAAAUACGACAUUGGUACGGUUGGCCUCUUUGACUCGAGUGAGAAGCAAAGAGCUCCAAGUUGGUGCGACCGUAUCUUGUUCAGGACUCGAAAGGAUAAGCAGGAUUACGAAAAUAAGAUUAAGGAGGAAGAAGAGGCAAAGAAGAAAGACGAAGAGAUGAAGUCUAGGGGGCUUGAAGAGGAUGAAGACGUGCUCUUUAGUUACGAUCCCGACGCUGAUGGAGAGGAUCCCGCGUCAUCAACGGACAACCUCGAGUAUGAUGAAUAUGAUGACAACGAGGAGCCAGAGGCAGAAGAGCUUGUGACAAAAGAAGGCUUUCGAGAUCGUAUCCAUCUCGAGAUUUACACCUCUCACCAGCGCAUUGCAUCUUCAGAUCACAAGCCCAUCACUUCAAUCUUUACGCUCGACUACGACGCUGUUGUACCAGAUCUCAAGGCAAAGAUUCAUGCAGAGGUGGCAAGAGAACUAGACAGAGCGGAGAAUGAGGGCCGCCCAGGCAUUACGGUUGUCGUGGAAGGCAGCGAAGGCAAUGAGGAUAAGAUUGUCGACUUUGGAGAGGUUCUACCUCUAGAGAAACAGACACGUCAUUUAACGGUUGCCAACACUGGGAGCGUCGCGGCGACAUUUUCAUUUGUGGAGAAGCCGACAACGGAUGAAGGAGAUGAUGCUAUCCCUGAAUGGCUCAAGACGUCAUUCUUGUCCGCUGACGAAGAACCCCAAAAAUCUCUGGGCGCUACCGUUACUUUGGACCCCGGAGAGACGGCUUUGGUCUUAUUGGAACUCCAAGUAUCCGCCGUGCCUCACUUCAGAGCCCUGAACGAGGCUCGCGCCACGAUCGAAGAGGUUCUGGUUCUUCGUGUGGAGGAUGGUCGAGAUCACUUCAUUCCUGUACGCGGGGUCUGGCAACCCUCUUGCCUGGGUCGCUCUAUGGCAGAGCUGAUAAGAAUCCCAGAUGGAGGCAUCAGAAAAUUUGUUCAGGACGAGGGCAUAGAGGGGGCGAUUUCUUACGACUCAGCUGUGCAAUGUUCAGCGCCAAAGGAGCUCUUCAUGCUUACUGAAGUAGUGCAAACUCUUGUGGAGCGUAGCCUUGCAGAGGCAACGAUGCUAGAGGACGAGGUGCUACCGAGGGAUCCUGGAUGGCCUCUUGAGUCGUCGACUUGGAGGGUUGGCGAAGACGACAUGCAAGAUGCAAAGGUCAAACUUGUGUCUGCCUUGGAUAAAGACGGCUCUCUACUCGACGCGCUCCCCCUAGAAUGGCCUGCAUCGUUCAAGUUAGAAGUCGUCUGCUCCAUCCUCCUUCUCUUCCUCGAGUCGCUCACCGAUGGUCUUAUUCCUACCCAUCUCUGGGCCAAGCUCUCUGCGUCUUUACCCAACGUAGCCUCUGUACCUCCUACUGCCUGGUCCGACACCAAGACCCAGGUUCUCGACAUUCUCUCUACAGCACCAAACCACAAUAUUGCAUUCGUGUUUCUUACAGCCACUCUGUCCCGUGCAGCGUCGGAGCUAAUGCCCGUAACAACGGACCCCAAACCUGGCCUCUCCCGCCGCCUAAGCUUCCGCCGAGGAAACGCACAAGAAGAGGACUCAAAGAAGCGAAAGAUGAGAGAACACAGAUACGCCGAGAUUGUUGGGCCGAUGGUCUGUCGGAUAGACGAAAAGGAAAAGGGCGCGAGAGAUAGGGCGAGAACGGUAGUAGAAAUGUUCAUAAUGCGUGAUGAAGGGAGCUAG